GCGGGCUACGCUACGUCAUUUCCUCUCUCGCCGGAAGUAGCCAAAAAGGCUCGGGCGCACGCCGUCAUUUGUGCUGACCAAUUUGCAAAUCUGGCUUUUAAAUCGGGUCAGAAUAAACUCAUAACACAAGAACUGACCAGUUUUAUUAGAUAGCAGCGUGAACAGCCUUUGCCAUGUCCCGUUUCUUCGCCACCGGAUCCGACAGCGAGUCGGAAGAGUCCUCAUCCGCCGAUGAGAUCGCCCCUAAAGCGACCGGGGCUACUUUCAACAAACAAGCCUUGCUGUUGAGUGACGAUGAAGAAGACACCAAAAGAGUGGUGCGCAGCGCCAAGGACAAGAGGUUUGAGGAGCUGACAAACUUGAUCAAGACAAUCCGCAACGCCAUGAAGAUUCGUGACAUGGCCAAGUGUCUGGAGGAGUUUGAGCAGCUGUGCCGAGCGUUCCUCAAGAGCAAAGCGAUUGUGGAUAAAGAAGGAGUUCCACAGUUCUACAUUCGCCUGCUGGCCGACUUGGAGGAUUAUCUCAACCAACUAUGGGAGGAUAAGGAGGGCAAGAAAAAGAUGAACAAAAACAACGCUAAAGCUCUGAGCACCCUGCGCCAGAAGAUCCGCAAGUACAAUCGUGACUUCGAGACGGAGAUCGCCACUUACAAGGAGAACCCUGAACAGUCUGCUGAUGAAGAGGAAGAGAAGGAGGAAGCUGGAUCUGGCUCGUCCUCGGACAGCGAAGGAGAGGGAGCAGGGGAAGGCGUCACAGCGAAGAGUUUUAUGAAGAAGAAGCCCGCGGCUGAGCCAGCUCCCGAAGCCAGCAAGUUCCUCAAGGGAGCAACUGCUGAUGAUGAAUCAGAGAGCAGCGAUGAUGACGAUGAAGACUGGGGCAGUGACUCCAUGGACAGCAGCAGUGAAAGCGAUGACAACGAAGGCAACACUGCAUCCCUGGCUACGGCUUUCCUCAAAAAGACCCAGGAUGGAGACAAGCAGCUGAGCGAGCGCAAAAAGGACGACAGGAAGAGGAGGACCAAGAAGAAGGAGCGUGCCGAUGAGGAGGGCGAGGAGGGAGAGGAGGAGGGCGGAGAAGGCGAUGAUGGAGGCUGGAAGAAGGUGAGGGGAGGAGUUCCGCUGGUCAAGGAGAAGCCCAAGAUGUUCGCCAAAGGCACAGAGAUUAACACAGCCGUGGUGGUGAAGAAGCUCAACGAGAUCCUGCAGGCACGAGGAAAGAAGGGAACUGACAGAGCUGCUCAGAUUGAGCUCCUCCAUGCUCUCGCGGGCAUCGCCAAUGAGAACAACCUGGGUGAAGGCAUCAUGGUUAAGAUCAAGUUCAACAUCAUCGCCUCCCUGUAUGACUACAACCCCAAUCUGGCUGCCUUCAUGAAGGCGGAAAUGUGGAAGAAGUGCCUGGACUGCAUCGAUGAGCUGCUGAACAUCCUGUUCGGCAACAACAACAUCUUCAUCGGCGAGAACAUCGCUGAAGACAGUGAGAACCUGGCCGUCUCUGACCAGCCUUUCCGUGUUCGUGGUUGCAUCCUGACUCUGGUGGAGAGAAUGGAUGAGGAGUUCACCAAGAUCAUGCAGAACACAGAUCCCCAUUCCCAGGAGUAUGUGGACAACCUGAAAGACGAGGGCCGCGUCUGUUGCAUCAUCGACCGCCUGCUGCAGUACCUGGAGAGCAAAGGCACAACGGAGGAAGUGUGCCGCGUGUACCUGCGCCGCAUCAUGCACACAUACUACAAGUUUGACUACAAGGCCCAUCGUCGCAGCCUGGGCCUGCAGGGGGAGAGCAAAUCUGAGCAGGACCAGGAAGAGAGCGAAGGGGAGGACAGCGCCGUCCUCAUGGACCGCUUGUGUAAGUUCAUCUACGCUAAGGACCGCACCGACCGCAUCCGCACGUGUGCUAUUCUGUGCCACAUCUACCACCACGCCCUGCACAGCCGCUGGUACCAGGCUCGUGAUCUCAUGCUUAUGAGUCACCUGCAGGAUAAUAUUCAGCAUGCUGACCCUCCUGUACAGAUCCUCUACAACAGGACCAUGGUGCAGCUGGGCAUCUGUGCGUUUCGCCAGGGCAUGAUCAAAGACGCUCACAAUGCCCUGCUGGACAUCCAGUCGAGCGGCAGGGCGAAGGAGCUGCUCGGCCAGGGCCUGCUCAUGAGGAACAUGCAGGAGAGAAACGCAGAGCAAGAGAAGAUUGAGAAGAGGCGACAGGUGCCAUUCCACAUGCACAUCAACCUAGAGCUGCUGGAGUGUGUGUAUUUGGUGUCGGCCAUGUUGCUGGAGAUCCCCUACAUGGCAGCGCACGAGUUUGAUGCCCGUCGCCGCAUGAUCAGCAAACAGUUCCACCACCAGCUGCGUGUGGGCGAGAGACAGCCGCUACUGGGCCCCCCUGAGAGCAUGAGGGAGCACGUAGUGGCUGCUAGCAAAGCCAUGAAGAUGGGUGACUGGCGCACCUGCCACUCCUUCAUCAUCAAUGAGAAGAUGAACAGCAAAGUGUGGGAUUUAUUCCCCGAGGCACAGCGCGUACGGGAAAUGCUUGUCAGGAAGAUUCAGGAGGAGUCAUUACGUACCUACUUGUUUACCUACAGCAGUGUGUACGACUCUAUCAGUAUGGCGACUCUAUCUGAGAUGUUUGAGCUGGAGUUGCCCACAGUGCACAGCAUCAUCAGCAAGAUGAUCAUCAACGAGGAGCUUAUGGCGUCUCUCGACCAGCCGACACAGACGGUGGUAAUGCACAGGACAGAGCCCACGUGCCUGCAAAACAUGGCUCUGCAGCUGGCAGAGAAGCUGGGCGGCCUGGUGGAGAACAACGAGCGCGUCUUUGACCUUAAACAGGGCGUCUACGGAGGCUACUUCAACAGAGAUCAGAAAGGAGGUUACCAACAGAAGCAAGGCUACCAGAGAGAUCAGAAAGGUGGCUACCAGCAGAAACAAAACUACCAGCGAGGAUCCUACAGGAGCCAGAACCAGGGCUCUUACUGAGUUCUGUUCGAGCGAAUCUCUCAUUCCAUUCUCGCCUCUGUGCACUUCCAUCAUCUCCACUGCUUCAAAAUAUCAGCAUAUUUACUGCUUGUACCCUAGUGCAGUUUUGUAGCUGGAGCAAACAUCCAUCCAGAUAUCUGAAGUUAUGCUUAAACCAGAUUUGCUUCCCCUUUGAAUGCAUUAAGGGUGGAGCGGAUUUUAAGGUAGAAUAUGAGCAGGCAUGGGGAAGCAUUUUUUUUCUGUGAUGCCCGAUACACUUGAUGAAACAAUAAAUAUUAUUCAGUUGAUAAAGCU